UCUUCCCCCCUCUUUUUUUCGAUUAUUUCCCUCUCAUUUUUCACCCCCUUUCACCAUCACUACACACCCUGAAAAAUGUUUUACAAAAAUUAAACAAAUGCAUGUUAAUUUUCUGGGCAUAGAGUAAAACCACCAAGUUGCAUGAGUUCAUUUCAAGAAUGUGAUUUUCAGCAAAAGAAAAGGUAUAUUUUAUAUUAUUUUUGGUACUAAUAAUGAAAUGUUUUGGAGAUUUUAUGCACACCAAGUGUUUGACAAAGUCCAAUGAGGCUUUUUAGUGUAUGUUUAGUGGAAAUAUUACUUAGAAAUUAGUUUACUUUGAUGUUUGUACCUAGAGACAGUUGAAAGUUGUUUAGAGCUGAAACUUUUUUGAGAAAAAAAAAAAAGAAAAAAAAUGAGAGCUUCAAGUAGUGUAGGGCUUGGUUUAAGUCUGAUUUUUGGGUGUUUGUUAUUAGCUCUUAUUGGUGAGCUUUACUAUCUUUUAUGGUGGAAAAAGAGGGUAACUCAUAGAGAAAUGUUUCAAGAAAGUUAUACUAGUCCAACAAGAGAAUUCUUUUAUAUGUUUUGUUGGAAAAAGCCAUCAUCUUUGACCACUAAUGCGUUGACCACUGACACCCAAGUUCAUGAACCAUCAUCAGUUCACCAAAAUAAGGAUAUUUGGAUAACCCCAUUUGGUGAACAGCAAGAAAAUGGUACUAAUGUUGACUCUGAAAUGUUGACUAUGCAAAACCUCUCUGUCCCAGCAAGAUUUUUGUUCACUAUUAAGGAAGAAACCAAGGAAGAUUUAGAAUCAGAAGAAAUGAGUAAAAUAGAGUCAAGAAGGAAUUCAAGUGAUGUCGAUACGCCGUUUUUUACACCCUUAGCUUCACCACCAUAUUUUACACCACCUAUAACUCCUGGUGAUUAUACAUUUAGAACUUUUAGUCCUUUGUUUCAGUCUUCAAGUGAUUUGGAAUUCAAUAGGAUAUGGGCUUCACCACCUCCUAAGUUUAAGUUCUUGAGAGAUGCUGAAGAUAAACUUCAAAAAAAAUUGAUGGAAAGAUUUGAUGAUGAUGAUGAUGUUGAUGAUGGUGUUUCAUGUCAUAGUGAUGAUGAUGUAGUCAAGGAUGGAGAAAAUGGUUAUUUAGUAACAUUAAUUGUGUCAAAGAACAAUGAGAGUGAGUGUUGAUCAUCAUUGGGACUGCCAUCACAUGUCUUCUCAGUGUCCUUCAAGCUUUUAUCCAAAGUGUUUAGGCAUCUGAAGUUCUCAUAAGAGACCUGGCAUUGUGUUUGAACCUCACUGGGUAUACCGGAGUAUCUCAAGGAUAAGGCUCACUGACAAAACUAUUGAUUUAGGCCCCGAAGUCUAUUAUUUUUGAACGGCCAGGCCCGGAAGUCUUUAAGGCCUCAAACUUUAUUACAAAAAUAGUAUAGUUUCAAUAUAUUAUAUGCAAAGAAGGGCCUCAAUUAGAAUUUCUCUUUAGGCCCCAGCAAAGCUUGAAAAGCCCAUGCGGGUAAAUAUCUUGAGAUGUCAACGGAAAAAGUGUAGCAAAUGGCCAUGGGAAUCUCAGUUACUCAGUUAGGCGGCAUACAUCAAAGCAAAAAGACUCAGGUUUCCCACACAUAUUAUAUUCCUUUUGGUUAGGUAGAUUUGUUUUCUCGAAAACAGUUGAUUUAUGCAUAGCUGUAAUAAUCAAAGUCAGAGUAAUUAUGAAAUGUUAAGUUGUAAAUCAUACUGAAGAACUUGUGUACUGCUCUGUUGGGUACCUUGUAAGAUUUUUGCCUACAAUUUUGCCAUUAUUU